AAUUGUUGUAUUUCUAGAGAAAAAAGCAAUACCUACCAUAUGGAGAACUGUAUGGUUUAAGUAAAUGACAAUAACUAUGUCUUAAAUCUGUUUAUAAACGUUAUAUAUGAUAUGCACGGAUAACUUGUACUGUACGUUUAUUGGCCGACUGGGAAUACAGCUUUACAUUGUGUUCGUAAACAGAUACAUGCGUGGCAGCUGACACUGAUUUUAUCUAUAUGUAUAUACAGUGUCAGUGAGAGUAUAUACAUGCUGUCAACGUUUUACCUUUAAAGGGUUAGGGAGAUAUAUUUACAACCAAAACGAUUCAACAGUACUCUUUAUGCGGAAAACCAAUCUCAAGAAAGACAUAGAUCAGAUUCAUGACAAAAAAGGCAGUCUGGGUUGAAUAAUGAAGACAAAUCUAAUGUUUCUGUACCCGAGGGAAACAAGUUCCUGAAAAUCUGAUAAGACCUGGAGUCGUCAAUUUGCCCGUCAUCGGUGAUAAUAUUGUGAGAAUCUGAGACGUGUCCGUAAUUUAUUUAGUGAAUAAAGUAAUUGAAAAUUCUGCACUGAUUAGGACGUGUUUUUGUCAAUAAUGCACAGUUUGUGGUAGAAUUUAUAAACAAACGGAAGAGUUAUUUUAAAUUUUAAAGAUUUAGCUGAGCUUAUGGUUGGCUACUAGAUGCAUAACUUGAAAUCAUCUGCUUUAAUUUAAGCUACGUUUCAUUCAAAUAUUCAUUUAGACCAAAGAAAUAAUAUGUGAACUUUAGUUAAGUUAUUUUGGUCUCGUUUCAUUCAAAUAAUCAUUUAACAUUUGGUUUAACGAAUAAACAGUGUGCUCGGUUAUAAGGUUUCAGUAAUUUAGUAUAUAUUAUACUAGUAUGUCUAUAAAAUCAGCAGAGAAACCGCUACCAUCUUAUUUGGAUUCGAACUUUUCUCUCAUAAGUCAUUCAUCUUCAGUAGACAGUCUGGACUAUUCAGAUGAGGGGUUUGUGUUCGAUGACGAAAUUACCCCAACUGAGGUUAAAAUGACAGACAGUUUAGAGGAUAAAUCCAAAACAGCAAAUGAGAGAAAUAUGGGAAAUAUAGAAACCACUAAAGACAGUUUAGAAGAUAAUGUCAACAGAGAAAAUGGAACCGAUCCAAAACAUGAUGACAAUUCAAAGAAGAAGGCAGACGAUAAUAUUCAAAAGAAAGAACAAAAACAAAAUAAAAGUAAAAUACCUAAAAGCAAAACGUUUGAUACAAGCUCGUCUGUGUUUAAUAGCCAAAAACCUGGAUUUAAAUUUCAAGACGAUAUCCCUGGCGGAAGUAAUCGCAAUCAUGUGUUCAUGACAUCACAAGAAUGCAUGGUAGUGCCCGGAUGUAGUAAGCUUCCAAGGGAAACAAUUGCAAGUCGAUUGCGAUUUGAGAAACAACAUUCACAGGACAAAGGUGCAUCACAUAGUAAUAUUACAUCCCCUGGAAGUAGUGAGGGGUACCAUAGGGGGUGUUUUCCGGAUGGAUACCAGACACCGUCACAAAGAAAGGACCUUUUGAUAAGAGAUUUAAGGCGUCAAGUGAGAGAAAUGAAAAUCACGUGCGAAGAAAAAGACCGCGAAAUAUCAAUGUACAAGCAACAUGUUGAUGAAGAAACGUCGAAGCUUGUUCAAGCUAAAGACGCGGAGUUAGACAGAGUAAGAGAGGAAUUAAAACAAGUAAAACAAAGCUAUGACGACAUUUCCAACUUCUGUGAAGAAUCUGUGACGGCCGCUACAAUAUUGGAGAGAAAAGCUACAGAUUUGAAGAGUGCAAUGGAUGGAUCGUGAGAAACAAC